AUGGACAGUGCAAACAGAACACAGUUUAAAUCAGCCCACCUGGGAACUGCAAUAAGCCUGUACGACAGGCAAUCGAUUUCGGACACGGCCAAAGGGAUUAUUAAGGCAAAUCCCUCAGCGAAGCGGGAUUGCGAUGACCCCUUUUACAUCUGUGAUCUUGGCGAUGUUAUUGCUAAAGACAGGAAAUGGCGCGAGUUGCUACCAACAGUAGAGACAUUUUAUGCUGUCAAGUGCAAUUCCGACCCAAUUAUUUUGAGACUGUUAAUAGGACUAGGAAGAGGUCUUGACUGCGCAAGUAAGAGAGAGAUUCAGAUGGUGCUGGAUGCAGGUGCGAGCCCGGACCGCAUCAUCUACGCCCACCCGUGCAAGCAGGGGUCGCACCUCCGCUACGCCAAGGAGAAUGGAGUCAAACUCAUGACCUUUGACUCGGCUGAUGAACUGCGGAAGAUCUGCAACGUCUUCACAGAGGCAAAGCUUGUUCUGCGAAUGAAGUAUGAUGACCCAAGUGCAGUCAUUAACCUGGGAUCGAAGUUCGGCUGCCCGCUGGACGGCAUCCCACGACUGAUGGAAGCAGCAAAAACACUGGGAAUGGAUGUGGUCGGUAUAAGUUUCCAUGUUGGUACUGGAUCGAAGGACCCAAAGGUGUUCGCUGGGGCCAUCUCCUAUGCCAAGACGCUGUUCAGAGUCGGUAAAGCCAUAGGCUAUGAUAUGACGCUGUUAGACAUCGGGGGCGGUUUCCCAGGCAAAACAAGCUUCAGAGUUGGAUUUCAGCAGUUCGCAGAGGUUAUCAGCGAAUCACUCAAGGAGCAUUUCCGGCAGGCUGCGGGGUGAGGGUGAUCGCUGAGCCAGGG